AUGGACCGGUUUGAAGAUGUAUCAGAUGGUGAAGUGGAUCAUGCUUUCUUUGACAGUGAUUUUGAGGAAGAGAAAAAGAAAGCUGAAGAAAAUGGUGAAUGUAUAGAGAAAGGAAGUACAAAUGCAGCUCUUGCAGACCCUGGUUUGGUUUCUAAUUCAAAGGAUGUAAAGUGUUGUGAGGGGGAAAGUGAAGAAAAGCAGGAAGAUCUGCAGAAGGAUCAGUCCCUAGAAAAUAGCACAGAUCAUCUUGGAGAUGCUUCAUCUUUGUCAGUUUCUCCAGUUGUGGAGAAUGCAGGUACAUCUGGAGCAACAUCUGCAGCAAGUAGGGGAGCACAGGAGAAUAUACCUGCUGGAAUCCCCAAAAUAGUUAAAGAAGGUGAAGAAGAUUAUUAUACAGAUGAAGAAGAUAGCAGUGACGAUGGCAAAAAACAGAAGGUUAGACCAAAGUCAGCUAAGCAGUCAAACAACACAAAAAAGGCUAGCAAAAAAUAUACUAAUAUUAGCUCCUCCUCCUCUUCUUCAUCCUCCUCAUCCUCCUCGUCCUCAUCCUCAAGCUCAGAUACAGAUUGUUCUGAUACAGAUUCUGAUAGCUGUUUAUCAGAUUCAUCUCAUUCUUCUUCAAAGAGGAAUGCUUGUAGGAAUGCUCUUCUGUCUCCAAAACAAAAAUUCAAGUCAGCAAUGAAAUUAGCAGAAGGAAAACCAAAGCUCGGUGACUACUUGGAGGAGUCUGAAGACACUGUGACUGAUGUAACGCCUCUGUCAACUCCAGACAUCAGUCCUAUCCAGUCUUUUGAACUUGCAGCCUCAAAUGAUAAGAAACUAAAAAUAAAAAGACAGGAAAAUGUGAACCAAGAAUUAUAUGGUAAUUGCGAAGAAUUUAAGUACAACACAAAAUUUGUAAAACCAGUGGGGUUGGGAACCAAUCUUAUGUCUGUAUUUUUUUCAUUAGAUUCCGAGUUUGAUCGCAGAUAUAGUCGAAAAGUCUUGCAUGAUGCCAUGGACCUGAAUCAGCUUUUGAAAGCUUUCCUACAGUUGGAGAAAAAAGAACAAAAACUAACCAUCGAUCAACCAUCUAAAGGAACAAGAAAAAAUUAUUCUUUCACAAAUGAAGAAGUAAGACAGAUUGAUCGAGAAAACCAAAGGUUGCUAAAAGAACUGUCCAGACAGUCUGCAAAGCCAAGAAGAAGUACCACGCUGAAGAAAUCAGCUGUACCACCUCCUAAAUUGUACCACAGUGCCCUCAACAGGCAAAGGGAGCAGCAAAGAAUUGAAAGAGAAAACCUGGCUUUCCUGAAAAGACUGGAAGCAGUGAAACCAACAGCUGGUAUGAGGCGUUCUGAACAAUUGAUGGACUAUCAGCGCCAGAUGAGUUAUCUAAAUUCUUCUCCAUCUGUAAGAAGAGGAAAAUCUGCUUUGAGCCAGCUUAGUCCUUCCAGCACUUCAAGAGCAUCCGCUGUACCAAGUACAAUGAGCCAGAGGAAUGAAAAACCUGUGUCCGAUCCAGCCAGCGGGGCGUUACAGAGACCUAAACCCACUAAUGUUCGUGCUGCUUGGCUAUAA